AUUUUUAGGAUUAACUGACACAUCUAUUCUCUAAGAAAGGAAAAGAUCAAUGUAGCUGUUUUAAAAUGUUGUUAGCAAGAGCUCUGCAGAUGAUUUGCUGUGAAACACACGCACACGCACACGCACACGCCCAUCUCUCUCUCCCUCUCUCUCUCUCUCUCUUUCUUUUGAUUUUCAUCAUUUUCUUUCCAGCGUCAGUUGUUCUCAUGUGGAUCCGCGCUGCGCUUCUCACUACAGACCGGAGUAACUUUCUUCAUCAUCAUCAUCAUCAUCAUCAUCAUCAUCAGUGACAUUCUGCUGAGUCUCACCGAUGGAGGAAAAAACACAAGAAGUAAAAGAUUCUCCGUUUUCCAUCAAGAACCUGCUGAACAAACCCGACAAACCCAGAGCUCACAUGAAUCUUUCCGUCUCUAGAGUUCCGGAUCUCACUUUCCUGCGCUUCGGAUCCUGGUGCUGCCCGAGCGGACACCCGAACACACCCGCCGCAGAUCGGAUCAGAGACGCGACGGAAGCGCUGAAAUGCGAAGCGGAGGAUCCGGAUCCGAAAGAUGAGGAUGAGGAGGUUCUCCUGGAGGACUCGGACCCGGACGAGCAGAAGACGGAGGAAAGCUCGCAGAAGAAGCUCUGCCGCAAGAAGAAGACCAGGACCGUGUUUUCCCGCGCUCAGGUGUUCCAGCUCGAGUCCACCUUCGACAUGAAGCGCUACCUGAGCAGCUCGGAACGGGCCGGACUCGCCGCGUCGCUCCAUCUGACCGAGACGCAGGUGAAGAUCUGGUUCCAGAACCGCAGGAAUAAGUGGAAGCGGCAGAUCGCCGCCGAACUGGAGGCCGCGAACCUCAGCCACGCGCAGCGGAUCGUACGCGUGCCUAUCCUGUACCACGAGCACGCGGAGAGCGCGCGCGCCGCGGGUCUGACCUUCACGCACGCACUUUAUUACCCGCAUUCGCUGAUCAGACCCGUGUGAGGAUCGAACCUGGUGCCGCGGCGCAGCGGUACGACGGACUGAACCUGAUCUGAGUGAUCGACACCGAACUCACUAACAAACCCAUCAGAGAGUUCAUCCUCUGAUCCGCCCAAAGACCUGCAUCAGAUUCAGGAGUUAAACUCUCUCAAACAGGACCGUGUCUGUCAAAAGAGAAACUUGUGUGUUUGUUUGUUUGUUUGGUAUAUAAAAAAAAUCUUGUUCUGCUGAGGAAGAGCACUUGACGACAGGUGCAGCUGUGUUUAUUAUUACUACAUAUUAUUAUUAUUAUUAUUAGUUUGAAGAGUUAGGCGGAGUUUUCUCAUAUCUCUGUUUUCCGUGAGCAGUGCCGCACUAAAGUGAAUCAGUCUCUCGUUCCUUCUGUGUUUCAUGUCAGUCAAUAAAAAUAAGGGAAUGCUGGAAAAAACACCUUUUUUCCUGUGUAUUUUAAAUCAUGUUGUAAGAUCUUUUUACAUGCUGUUCUACAUUUCAGGACUCCAGUAUUGUACUACUGAAAUUAAUUGUUGACUUUAUUUCCAGUGUCAAUGUUCACAUGCACUAGUAAAUAUACGUUUGUCUGACAAAUGUCUGAAAUGAUGAAUUAUGAACCAUGUUUGUGAAAUGCUCCGUGGAUUUGUCUGGGGUUUUAGAAGAUUUCCGCCGAUUUUUAUAUGAUCAUAAAUAAAUGUUCAUUAUUGAAUGUAUUUGUGAUUCUGGCGAUGCCC